AUUAUGGUCUGCUCUGCUUUUUUCCCCGACAUUACCAACGUCCUACUCGUGCCAGUGGCUUGGGAAGCUUUACUUUUUGUGUCCAAGUAUAAGCGCGUCCGGCGGAUUAGUUGAUUACACGAGUAAUGGUUUUUAUCCGUGUACGUGGUAUCGGAAUAGACACGCGCAAGCGUUUUCCUCGAUCUUUCUCGGUUGUUAUUCAAUUCCGCGGAAAUUCGCAGGAGCUAUAUACCGAAAGAGAAAACACCCUCUCUAAAUGUCGGUCCGGAAAUUGGCAGCUUAGGUAUGGAAUUUGUCGGAGGGUAUAUGCCUCGCUUGUACAGUUCCCCUUUAUACGGCGGAAGAUUCCGCGCGAGUUAUAUGUAUGUGCUCUAUAAGAUUCCGAUGCUCGUUUUCCCAUUUGUUUCAACGGCGUUUAUCCGGGGAAAAUCGUCGGUGCUGUGCGCGACGUGUCGGUAUGUUGUCUGAAACGAAGGAGGGACAUAAACCGAUUAUUGAAUUUGAUCUUCAAUAAUAAGCCCGUAUUAAGAACUAUUUUAUGAUUGGCAUUUCAGAUCAUGUUAAUUUUCCCUCUUUCGUCACGGUAUUAUCUUUAAAGAAGCUAGAUAACGUAAUCCAGAGGCGAACAUGCAUAUUUCUAUACACGUCUAUGUGCGAUGGAUCUUCGAAAUCAUUAAGAUCGUCGAAAACACGACUGUUCUGAAAUUGCUGUACCGAAACUUACGCACGCACGCGCGGAUCUAUUUUCAUUCUCGAAUAGCCCUCUCUCUCUCUCUCUCUCUCUCUCUCUCUCUCUCCAUCGCCGCCGGAUCCCCGCGAGAAAGACUUUUGAUGCUUUUCGGCGUUUCUUCAAUACUCGGCUAUUACUAAACCUACUUUUCACUGUGUAAGCAUUCCGGGAGAGAGAGAGAGAGCUGCUCUACUUAUAAAUUAGCCCUUCUAUUCUUGAUGCACAGCUAGCUUGUUUGUUUUUCGAUAGGCAUCGCGCGCAGUUGAUUUUCGAUGCACAGUCCAGUACAGCUAUUGUUUUUUUUUUUUGACUCGCCAACGUGGCAUUGCUGGAUUUAGAGCUUUCCGUCUAUUUGGUGCGCGGCAGUACGAAAUCGCCGAGAAAAUAGCUACAAAUCGCGCGAUAAUCGAAUUUGCAUUUUAUUCCAGGCUGUUCGAACGUCGAGGAUUUGAUGCUUUACUGUUUUCUCGUUUGGUAAUCAAAACUUAGAAAAAGUAUAGUACACUUGGUGCUUUGAGAAAAAACGCACGGUUUCUACUCGUAAAAUCAUUCGAUUCAAACUUCUUCUCGCUAUCAAAGUUAUUAAAUUAGCUAUUCCUGCGAAACCAUCCUCAAAUCCGAAUUAUCUCCAUCAACGAUACUCUUAAGAGCAGGCAAAAUACUCUCCGAAUAAUCGUUCUAUUUUUCACGCACCAACGCUCAAAGUACACACCCACGAGGUAUAUAUAAGAAUUCACGAUUAAUCAACGAAGCACUGCACAAAGACUCGUUAAUCUCUCAGCCCCCGGGCUCAUUAUGCGCGCGAAAAAUUAAGCUCGGAAAUAAUAUAGCAGCCCCCGCACGGAUAAAGAAGUGAAGCUUUUUCCAGAACGAUUGUUGCGGGUAAAUAAGAUUCCAAGCUGAUGCGCCUAUACGCCACUUCCGCGUUCGUCUCUUCAUUGCGUCAGAGUCUCUCUCUCUCUCUCUCUCGUUAUUCUCUCGCCCAGAUAACGCAAGUUUCGCGGCAGACCAGUCGGCGACGCUCUGUAUACCUAUAUAUAUAUUUAUCGGCUUUUGUACAAUUCGCUUGACGCACACGAUCUAUGGACUCGAUGUAAAUUUUAUGAGAUAUAUUUAUGUAUCGUAAUCAGAUCGAAUGGAAAUAGGAUGAAAGACACGUUAUACAUCAUUGCUACGCGAAGCUAUCUUUAUUUUCUGUAACGAGUAGGAAUUGAUUCAUAUUCGCGGGGUGUAAUGCGCGCGGGCGACAUUAGCCGCAGCCGAUCAACAGCUGUAAAAGUUGCAAUUUUGUAGUUAAAGGUCGCUCUUUCGCGGUUUCUCGCUGAUGAUGACUGCAAAAUGCCGUUGGAUCGGCGCCAACUGUCUGCUAUAAUGAUUCUUGUGUUUUUGUUUAUAAAAGUAUACGUGCGCGCGCCCGUGAGUGUCUGCAGAUGUAUAUAUACCUAUAUACAUUAUAAAGUGAAUGAAAUUUCCAAUUUUCUCGUCUCCUAAUGCGCUCUCUUGUGCAUUAAUCACAUAGAACACACACGAUAGCGCGAAAAUAGAUUUUUAAAUUGCAAGCUCUCGUCGCGUCUCGUAUUUCGGGAUUUCAAUGCCUUCGCUUUAUCCCAGCAAGUGCGCUUAUAGUCGACAGCAAUUUAUCGUGGUAUUUAUUUCUUGGAGAAGUUUCUUCUGCGUCAGAAAGCUCCUUUUUACACGAGUUUUUUGCAUCGAGCGAGCUUUGUAUUGAUAAGCCGUGGAUAACUCAUUAUUAAGUUUCUGCUUUGACGAAGCCAUACUCGCUGUGCUUUUAAUUAUUUAUAGCGUUCAUUCCAUUUUCUUCGGUAACAAGUUUGUUCUUUCACGCAGCCUCUGUGAAUAAAGCUUGUUUCGACGUCCAAUUUUAAUUAGUUCGUUGUAUCUUCCAUUCGUUAUUGUUAUGAACAAUAACGUAUGAGAAACAAAGAAAAUAUUACGCACCUAUAUACGCCCCAUCGAUUUUUCUCCCUCACGGAUACACACACACAGCGCCCCUUGAAACUAUCGUAAACAUUCGAACAUCCUCUCUAUAAACUUUUCUAUACAGACUCGUUCGAUGGCUCGUAAUUCCAAGUUUGCGAAAUUUUUCACCCACUCUCGCGCCGACAGAGCCUGGCUCUUUCUCUUUGUGCACUUUAAAACUUCUUACGAGAAAAUCCUUUACAUCGCGAGGUGCGCUUCGGGAAAAAAAAGAAGUCCCGACGACCGCACGCAUAGAAAAUUAAAGCCGCUGUGGCACUUUAAAUUAAAAUUUGAGCGAAUUCAGUUACCUCAUCACUAUUCAUGGAAUACUGAAACUUUAUUCAGCCGCAGCGUCGUGUAAGUGUGUAUGCUAUUUAAGUUUCCGGAACGAAAAUUGAGUUUUCAAAAUCCAAAGGGUUUCUAUCUUCGUCGCGAGUGUACAGCUUGGAUUCGAGAAUGUGGAAUUUGUUGUCUAGUGUGUAUCGAAUUUUCGGGGGAAAACCACGUGAAUCCCGCGAAAAUCGCGUUGUUUUGUCGGAAAGAGAAAAAUAUUUGUUGAAUCGGUUGAAUCGGUACAGCAUUAACUAUUUACCAAAAUAAAAGAAAACUAGCAAAUAACGAACGAAUCUUGCAAAAUAAAAGGGACUGAUAAAAAAGAAAGGAAAAUAGCCCAGAGUGCAGAGCAGCGGAUAUAUAAAGAGUACAAGAAGGUUCGGAGCGCGUGGGCGUCUCCCGUACUUUGCGCCAAUUAAUCAGUCGUCGCCGGUAGCUUUCGGUAGAAAAAUAAUAAAGAACUUGCUCUCGGCGGCUAACUCGCCGCUGAUUUAUAAUUCCUGCGCUCGCAACUCCCACUAGUUCCCCAUGUUACACCAAAUGAAUGGAAAAUUUUUCGUUUAUGAAUGAAAUUCAAAUUUCCCGCUCGGAGCUUGCAGCCAAUCUUCAUGCGUCAAGCUCACGACUGUGAUCAACGAAAAAAAUUGGCGUUAUCAAAAACGGUUACAUAACAGCUAGUAGUAGUGCACCGGAUUUCCCCCCAGCAGCAGCCAGGCCGAAGCAUAUAAUCGCUCAUCAAGUGAAAGCUCUUCGGGAAGCUCUCUCGCAUCAUCUCGGCGGAAUCCUAAAACGAAAGCAGCUGAAGAAGAAGAAGAAGAGGCGGUGGCACAGAGCGAGGGAACGAGGAAGCCGAGCGUCGCGACCACCGCAGAAUGAAUCGCUCGAAAUAGUACGCGCGCGGCGGAUGAAGGAAAUAUCCCUGGGGACGACGUUGAGCAAUCCCGCCGUCUGACGUCACUGUGCUGGUCGCGAGAGUUACAGAUCAAGCUUUCGUUUUUUUCUUCUUUUCAAAUUUUCUUUUCUUUUUUUUUUUGCAAUUUUUUCCAUUGCUCGGCGAAUUCGAUUUUCGCGCCAAUUAAGCUCGCGAGGGGCGAGAGACACGCGUUCGCGCGCAUUUACAACUGCCAAGAAUUUCCACUUGUUGCGUUAGCAUUGUAAAUCCGCGAGGGAUGUGUGCAAAACUUUAUAGCCGCGCUGCAUUCCAGCGAAAAAAGCUCUCGUUUCAAUUCGAGUAUUCGCGGCGCAAGUGCUUCUUUUCGUGAUGCGCGCGAUAUUUUAAUUACAAUGCUGCGUAGCGCGUCAGCUUCCGAGAAAUCGAGUAGGUCGUCGCAGCGCCGUUAUUACAGUCGGCAAAUCAAACGGGAAGCUUGCACGCGAGCGAAGGAUAGCGCAAUUUAUUGAAGGUUUGUUUAUACGUCCCCCUCUCUCUCUCUCGUCUAUGCGCCGAAAAUAAAAAGCUCCGCGAUAACUCUCUCGGCUCGCGAGCAAGAAAGCUUGCGCCUAUUGUUCGCAUACACGGCGCGCUCUUUGAUGAUUUCGAUAACGCUCGGCGGGCUAUUUAGUAUCUUGGCAUAUCCCGCCGCCGCCGCCGCCGCCGUCUUUUCCUCCUUUUCGUCCAAAGUCUAUAAUACAGACACAUACAGAGAUACGCACACACUCGGGGUCCACCUCCUCUCUCUUUCCGAAGAGCAGAGAGAAUGGCACUCGACUGCCAGAAGAAGAGGAAGAGGAGGAGGAGGAGGAGAGGGCGUGCGAGAGAGGACGCUUUUAGACUCUCGGAGACGAGCGCUCGCUAGUACCUCGGCCAGCCUCCACCUUGCGCGCGCGUGUGUGCUUUUGCUCUUUCUCUCUUUCUCUCGGCUGUAUUAUACUCGAGCACGCUAUCGGAGAUCGCCGCGUGAGUGCAUGAUCGGAUUGAAAGUGCCCGAGUUCCCCUCGUCGUCGUCGUCGUCCGAAGUGUCGAGGGAGUAGCGCAGAGGAUAGGUCCGUAGGGCUCCUUGGCGGGCCGUCGUAAAUGCCAAGACCACCAUCGUCGGCGCAGGCGGAAUGCCGGAGAAGAAGAAGAGCGCCGACGACAACAACAGCAGCAGCAGGGAGGAGGAGGAGGAGCUUGCAAUAGUGCGGGAGUCCCCGUAGCCCUCCCGCGAAGUGUCCCCGUGAGUGAUCGAAAGCUCGGCGUCGUCGAGAUAGAUCGUCUCGUCACAGGCGUCCGCGAAAGUGGUGCGCGUGGCGAGGAGGGACUGGGAGCCGGGUAUGGCUGAGCGGAGACGCUCGCGACGGGACAGCCUGGAGGCGCCAGCGAGCGGUGGCAGCAGCUCCCGCACGCCUCCCGGCUCCAAGGACCGCAGGAGCGGAAGCCGACGCGUCCCCGGCAAGCCCAUCAAGGAGCGAUGGCUUCUGACCCGCAAGACCUGGCGCUACAUGGCCGACGCCGGACGCCGGCUCAUACCCGAGGCCGCCAGCAGCCACGAGGUGCCCAAGCUCGAGCAGUACUUCCAGGAGGUCUGCUCGCGCGAGCCGCGCUUCCUGCUCUGGCGCAAGGCGUCCUACCCCGGGAGCCUGGCCGGCUUCCGCGGGGCCAGACGCCGCAGGGCCAGACCCGGCGGCAGCUGCAGGGCCAAGACCACCAGCUCGGCCGACGAGGCCGACGACGCGUCCCGGGGCUCGAGCAGCUGCAGCAUCGCCGCCGGCAAGAUCGACAUCGCCAAGGUCAAGCGCGACUGGCUGCUCUCCGGGGCCAGCACGCCCGAGCGGCGUCAGGAGGACGCCGAGGCCAAGGCUCUGGCCGACAUGCUGCAGCGCUACCUCAACAUGCAGCAGCGCGCCGGCGCCGAGGACGCCGGCAGGUCCUCCUCCAUUCCGGGCAUCGCCAAGGAGCCUACGACCAGUAGUAGUAACGCUAGUAGCAGUCUAGACUAUCGGAAGCUCAUCGAGAAGCUCGAGCAGCAUCUGAACCACAUCAUGGCCGAGGGUCGACGCGGUGACGCCUCGAGGGUCUUACCCGGCGGUAGCAGCGGCGGCGGCGGCGUCCCCAAGAUCAGCGUGCCCUACCAGAGCGACUACGUGCACAAGUCGCUGCUGGAGACGCUGAGCCGCUACUACAGCAAGUCGCCGAACCGGCAGCACGUCAUCUCGGACAUCCUCACCGACCGCAAGCUCCUCGAGAAGCUGUACUUCGACCUGCGCUGCACCAGGGGCUUCCGGGGCCCCAGGGCCACCGGAGCCUACACCUCGCCCUCGGCUCGCUGGUGGAACCAGCCGUCGAGCGGCACGAGGUUCAUCUCGAAGGACGACUCGGGCCAGCAGAGGAAGAGCCUGGGCUCGCCGCCGCCGCUGAUCGCCGUGCAGGGCCCGAGCACCGAACGCGGCCCCGUCGACUCGGGCACGCAGACCGAGCCGGUGUCCCGCGAGAGCCUGGAGCAGCAGCAGCAGCAGCAGCAGCAGGCGCAGGAGGAGCAGCAGCAGCUCUCGCCGCCGCCGCAGCAGAAGGCCAGCGGCCGACGGCGCAGCAGCGUCGACAACGACGACGUGUCGCCGUCGGUGAGCGACACCAUCAAGCGCUACCUGCGCAUGGCGCGCAAAAAGUCCAUGGACUCGGACAAGGCGGACAGGUUCAAGCGCGUCAACUACGACCGGAACCUGCGCAACAUCAAGGCCAAGGGCGAGAUCACGAAGCCGGGCGACGACGACGGCAACAGCAAGGGCUGCCAGACGGAGGACGGCUGGGCCCUGGGCUACCGGGAGAUGUGCAACCUCGAGCCCGGCGAGCUCGCCGCGUCGGACGCCGAGACUACGGCCUCGCCGAUCAGCAGGAACGCGAGUUCGCGUAGCAGCAUCGACGCCGGCCUCGGGAGCGAGGACAACCCUACGACCCCCAAGCACCACCAAUCCUUCCUCUCCCACCUCCUGCACGGUUCCACGCAUCACAAGGAGAAGCCGCACUCGGCGCCCGGUUCGCCGGCGCUUAAUUCCUCCUCGAAUCCACCAGGUGGCAGCGCGAUGCAGAAGAGCAAGUCCUCGAGCAGCGUCGUGCACCAUGGCAGCCGGCUCGUCGCCAAGAAGAUCUGGAAGUCCAGGAGCAAGAGCUCCUCCAGGGCCAUCAACCUCGUCAGCGCCUGGACGCCGCAGGGCAAAUGCACGUGGGCAGGCACGAGUGGACGCCGCGUGACCCUACAGGACACGCCGUUACGCUCGCUCUCGGAGAUCGAGCGAAAGGUCCUUUGCCGCGUCGCCGUCGCUAAACUCCAGGCGCUCAACCUCGGCGUUCACAUCAGGCCGCCUAGUGAGUCACUGAGCGGAGGUUCGGUGACGGCGAAGCCCAAGAGACGAGCUUACCUGCUGAAGAGGAAGGCGCUGACCACCGGCUUCUUCGACAGCAAGAGCAAGGAGGAGAAGGAGAAAGAGUCCAGCGGCGGCCUGGUCUUCGGCAUCUCGCUGGGUCAGUGUUUGGAGAAUGACAGGCUGGCGCGAAUAGCCUCGGGCGAGAUCGUCGACGUUGGCUGUCUGAGCCGGAGCAGCCGACACGGGAGCAGGACGAGCUUCACCAGCCUCAUCGAGACCACCACCACCGCCGCCAAAACCGACGAGGGUGGCUCCUGCGAGUCGCUGUCCUCGAAGGGCGGCGCUUUGACGGGCAGCGACAGCGGCGUCUUGGAACUGAGCGACGGCGGACCACCGAGCGAGUACGACGCUGUGCCCAGUGUGGUGAGGCAGUGCAUCAGGCAUCUGGAGACGACGGGGCUUCACACGCUCGGCAUCUUCAGGGUGUCUCCGUCUAAAAAGCGAGUCAGACAGCUGAGGGAGGACUGGGACUGCGGCAGGGAGACGAAGAUCGGCGCCGAUCAGUGUCCUCACGACGUCGCGGCUCUGCUGAAGGAGUACUUCCGGGAUCUGCCCGACCCGCUUCUCUGUCGGGAUCUCUACCAGGCCUUCGUUCACACCCAGAAAAUCCGUAACAGGCGGCUGCAACAAGAGGCGCUACAGCACCUGAUACAACUGCUGCCUACGCCGAACCGCGAGACCCUCUACGUGCUGCUCAAUUUUCUCAGCGAAGUGGCUGCGAAUUGCGAAGACCGCAAGACGGACGACGGGGAAACGCUCGCCGGCAACAAGAUGGACACGACGAAUCUCGCUACCGUCUUCGCGCCGAACAUCUUGCACUGCGUGAAACCGGGUCAAGCGCGCUCGGAGGUGUCGGCCGAGCGCGCCGAGGAGAGAAUCGACGUCAUCAACGUGGUGCGCGCCCUCCUCGAGCACGUGGCAACGCUUUUCAUCGUGCCGGCUGCGCUGCUCGACGAGCUCUACCUACACAUGAUGGACAGCCAUCCCGCCGAGCUCGACCUCGCCCUAUCGCGCAGGGCCGACGAACAAUGCCCCGACGAGGCGGACCUCUGCAGCGAGACGGAGAACUAUUCAGUCGAGGAGAAUCUCUCCCCAACGGCUACGACUUCGCCAACCUCUCCACUGGCAGCCUCCCCAAGCGCAACAGUGCCGUCCUCGCCGAGCGCCACUACCUCGACAACCUUCAGCACGUUGAACGCCGGCUCAUCCGCCAGUCGGAAACUCUACUCUCGCGAGGAGUGUCUUCACCAAACGGCCGGCGUAGGUGGCGACAUCGGACCAAGACCUAGACGUUCCAAACGGCCGGGCAGCAGGAGAAAGGACGAGUCGACUCGACGUGGCAGCGUCGACAGCGGUUCCAGCGAGGAUCCAGCUGACCCCCGCAGGAAGUCUUCGCCCAUGGUUAUCACCGCGAGCCUGACCAUACCCAUGUCCGGCGCGUUCACCCUCAACCUCGACGAUCCGGAUAUACCGUACAUCGAAGCUGAUUCCGCACAGCCGCAAGUACCUACUGUGCCUGUCAGGAGGGAGCAACAGCAGCAACCUAAUGCGCCGCCAAGGAGGCAGAGGCAACGCUCGGUUUCCGGCAGCGAAGGCGGAGGUGGAGGCAGGCACGGGAGCGACAGCGCAGUCGGCUCGUCGGCGACGUUGUCCGGGGACCAGCCUCCAAGUUCACCGCCGUCGUGGGCCUCGACGCCUCCGGCGAGUCCCGAUAGCGCCGUCACAGCCGUCUCCUAUAUUCCUGACAGUCAAGCCCAGCAGCCUCAGCUGCAACAGCAAGCGGUGCUGCAGAGGGUAUCCUUCACGACCUCCAGCGAACUCAGGCAGAUCUCGAGGUCGAGCAGCCAGGAGGCCAGCAGGGCCAGCGUCGCGCCGGCCUACACGCCCAGCAUCACCAGCAUCGGCGGUGCUGUUAUGAGGUCAAAGACCGCGGACAUCGAAAGGAUGCUGCAGAUAAACCGCGCGGAGCCAUCGUCCUUGACAUCUCGCCAGCUUCCGAGUGCGCUCUCGAGCAGCAACCUGCCGAGUUCGCUGAUCGACAGCAAAAAGUACACGAAGCGCCGCUACACGGAUUCGAGGCACCAGACGCGUCACAUACCGGACGCCGACAGUCUCGCCACCUCGUCGUCGCUCGCCUCGAGACUGAGCUCAGCGCUGCACCAGAGGAGCCACCUGUCCUCGACGACGACAGCGAGCUCCUCCUCGUCGGCCGCCGGUGGAUCGAGUACCGGCGCGACGCAGCCGGUCUGGAAGAGGCGCGAGCUCAUAUCCAGUGCACCCAAGGAGCGCGGCAGCUUCUUCUGAGAAUCGCUCUCUACACACUCGUAUUCUCACGAUCACUCUCGAUUCGCCUCAGGGCUUUUCUUCGUUUUUUUUUCCGCUCCAAGAGCGUUCUUCUGUACACUCGGUGAGAUAACGAUUUAGUUGGAUGUAUCGUGUCCUAUUCGAAAUUGUAAAUUUUCAUUAGGAGAGCGAUUACUUGUAGGAUUAUUUUUUAUGCGAUCAUCGAAAAUGUACAGUUAUUGUUGUAUGAAAUUCGAUCCAACUAAAGUGCGCGUCUCUGGGAUGUAUUAUUUUGUACGAGCCGAGAAUUUAUAAGAGGGAUUCUACGGACUAAGUGGAGUAUUGAAUCUUCCUGAAUAAAUAAUUAUAUAGUCUCUCGAGGAGAGCUUCCGUCUUCAUCCGUAUAACGUAUAUAUAACCGUACCUCGAUGUAUAUACUCUUUCCGAGCGUAAACAGAAAAAUAAGGGAAAUCAGCAGUAACAAAAGUGCACUGAGUAUUAACUUUUUCUACAAACUUUUUUUGUACAAACUUUUUUUUUCUAUACUAUACGUAUCGCGUCUUUUAUUCAAUGCCAAUAAUAUAUACUCGAAGUAUUAGCGUAUACCACUUCAGUGAACAAAUAAAAGUAUAGUCAACACGAUUUAUAAAUGUAAGAGAGAGAGAGAGAGAGAGAGAGAGAGAGAGAGAGAGAGAGAAAGCGUUGUAUUCUCGCAUAUUACAUAGCCGCGCGAAAGAGAUCCCUCUUAUGUCGAAAGAAGGCUGUCAACAGUAUGUAACAUACCAUGCACGCGCUCGCAGCGAAGAAGCCAAAGAAAAGCGCCAUAAAGGGAGUGUAAGGAGUUUUGCAUGUUCACGCAAGCGCGCGCGGAAAAGGGAAAAACGAAGAAAGCGUCGUCGGCGAAGAUCGAAGGUGCAUUGGUUCCUAUACAUAGCAACUUGUACGUAUAUACACGUCGAUUUUCGAAUGGUCGAGAGUCUUUCCUCUUAGAGAAAAAAUAAUUCAAUCGCCCGACUCCGAUGAAGAGCAUCGUUGCGCAACGGGUGUACGCUUUUAUAGCGACUAGCCGCCGGUGCUAAUUGAUAAAAGCAACGAGUACAGCCACACUGUGUUGGCGAGAUAUUUUUCACGCAGUCGGAAGCAAGAAUACGUUUCUCGGGAAAAUAAUAGAGAAUCUAUAUACAUAUGUUGUAUUGUUCGUUCGAAUUUUCUCUCGCUCCUCCGGGCGAGGAGACGACGAGAGAAUGUGUGUGUGUGUGUGUGUGUGUGUGCGCGUACACCGUACACGCCAGAGGAUGUGUAUACGACACGGCGGGCUGCGUAUAAAGUUCGCUUCGUUUUUUGCGAAAUGGCAAAAGAAGAUAUAUAUAUAUAUAUAUAUACGGUUUUAUAUGUAUAUCGUUGAAGGGACCGAGCAUGUAUACACAGCCACGCAAAUAAGACGCGUCGACGCGUCGACGAGAGUUCAAUACUUCUUCUACUUCUUCUUCUUCUUCUUCUUCUUCUUUUGUACAUUGAAUGUGUCCGCGUCUCGAUUGGGAAGCGAAGGGUUUCAUCGCUCGCUUUGUUUCUCGAUUAUAUACAUUGUAAGUAACUACGGACGUUUAUUAAUUAAUUGUUAAUAAAAUUUAUUUUAUAAUACA